UCAAUUCUUUCAACUGUGAAACUCCCACGCUCCGCCACUGGUGACGUGGUCAUGAGUAGGUUUUUUUCUCCUCCAAACGGACAUGAUAAAAGCACACUGCUUCUUGCACCGCCCUACUUUACUUCAUAAGAUGGAGUUGAAGGAGGUUCGGUCAGCACCACCAUCAGACUAUCAGGAACUGCAAUUUAACAGGGACCAACACACUGUUGUGACCAUCGGCCACCCUGUGGAGCAUCCCAGAGACUAUGUGGUAUGGUCCAUCUGCAGCCUCUUCCACGGAAACCCCUUAUGCUUCGGACUGGUGGCGCUGAUCUUCUCAAUCAAGUGGGUGCCCGGUCAUUCAGCUGUUCAGCACCCAGGCUCUGGGACUCCCUCCCCCCACACGCAAGAGACAUGAAGGUGAUCGGAGACCUGCAGAGAGCCAGGGGAUACAGCAAGUGGGCUCGGGUCUUCAACGGGGCUGCGCUGAUCAUUUCUUAUUUGAUUAUCCUUGGUUUUUUCAUUUUUGUGAUUGCGCCAUUGUAGCCAUGCGCUCUGGCCCUCGUUUUUUGUGGUUAUAGGGACAUGUCCCUACCAUUGUCAAAAAAAACUGUUAAUUGCCCGUGUAACAAAAAUCAUAAUGAUGCGGUAUUGAAUUAAAUUACCAAGUAAUGCGUUUUGCUACCAUCAGCACAGCAAACUGAAUAUUUGUUGUUACUUUGCGCCACCUUUAAGAAAUUUGUGGAUUUGAAAAUAGUUUCAGCAGCCGCCCCAGCGAGCUCUCCAAGUUAAUGAUGCAUAAUGUCCGUAAAAUAACCCAUGGGUACACAAAGGCACUUGAUUUGAAUUAGGGUAGUAUCUUUGGCUGAAUGUACUGAAUGUUACUACACUUUGCAUUAAAGCUUCAGCUAAAAUAAAUGUUUUGCAAUGUAACAUGAUUUUAAAUAAUACAUGCGCUAUUUGUGAUCCAAUGCAAUGGUGUUUUACAUAACAGCUUCAGCUGAGUCAGAGAAUGAGACUGAGAGGGAGAUGGAGGCUGGUUCGACGGCGGUCGUGGUAGGGCCCCAUGCAGGGGCUAGGACAGGUCUAGCAAUGCCACUGCAAAGGUCUUUAUGAGUUAUUUUAUGCAAAUUAGUUAUUUCAACUGUGGACAUGCGGCAUUACAAUGACAAGCUGCAAGCAGGGACUACGCUUACAUUCAAUUAUCAUCAUGACAAUGUGUCUGCAUUAGAGCCUCAGACCGAAAAUUACGUGAAAAUACCGAAGUUAUCCUUCCACAAAGACGCAUUCUGAAUGGAAAUACAUCAGAGGAACCAUCAGGCGUCUUUCCUGAGCAAAAGACCCAUAGUGUUGCUUUCCAAAAGAUAGGUUUCCACCCACGGCAGGGAAGGGACAGACAGAGGAGAGGAGGCUACAGAAGCAGAGACUGGAACAGACAGGAGCAAGGACGAGACAGUGAACAUUUGGGAGGAAAGGCCCCUUUAGGACCCCGACCCCAAAAAUGACAGGUGUCCAUUCAUCCAUCCAUUCAUUCCAUUCAUUUAUUAUACACAAAAGACUUAAUUCUUAUGUUACAAUUUUCAGUUACAAGAUUAAUUCUAAUUGAAUUAUUU